AUGCCAGACGCAAACGGUGAGAACUGGGAUGAGGACGAACCACCCGUUUUGGGAAAUUACCGACUUCAACAUGAUCCCAGCCAGCGAGGAGAAGAGCUACUUGAAGAAGAAGCAAAAUCAAAUAUUAUGGACGAAAUGUUAAUGGUUGCGCUGGGAGCCAAGGAAGACAAACAAAAGCAGCAAAAUUUAGAGCGCAACCGAAAGUGCUUUGGUCAGGGAAUGAAAAAAGGAUUUCUCAGCAGCGUAAAGUCCACAACAACGAAAAAAAAGUUCAUUCCGCAGUCUGGUGCAAAACCUUUGGAACUCAGUCAACAGCCAUCGUUGUCGAGAGAUGAAAGCACGUUUAUUGUCAGACAAAAGGAUGCGAAACCUGCGGUAGAUAAUUCGACAUUCGUCUUUCCGGAAGUGCAGAAGGCCAUGAAAAGCAUGGAACAGCUCGACCCGAAAGUGUGGAUGAAUCAGCGAUUCUUUGAAAAACUAGCACGGAACCCGAAGCUUGUUCAAGCAAUGCAAAAUCGGGCGUUUUUGACGGCAAUGAGCGAGAUGCAGCAAGAUCCUAAGGCUGCUCUACUCAAGUAUAAAAAUGACCAUGCUGUGUCAUCUAUGCUGCGAGAAUUUAUGGAAUUUCUCGGAGGUCACUUUGAAGAGAUGGGCACUGUAUCAAAAAUUGCGUCGACUCAAGAAAAUCAAUGUGAGCCAAUGCAGCAAAAGCCACCUGCUAUAGGAACAAACAGCAUACCAGCUAUCAUUGAUCUCGAUGAGACUCGACGCCAGGCUAUUGCCGAGAUGCAGCGCACCCCUGACGAAGAGAAACAAGUAGAAAAUAUCGUGAAUAAUCCUGAGCUGUUGGCUGCUCUUUCGGAUAGUACUUUCAUGCAACGCCUUCAUGAGUGCCAAAAGUCACCCCGAGACUUGAAGCGUCUUGCGCACGACCCUGUGCUAGGGCCCAAAUUGCAAUUGCUAAUCCAGCACAAACUGCACACUUUCUAUCAAAAAAAUCACAAUAUCUCCAUGACCUGCGGUUCAGGGUUGCGCUCUGAGCAGCAAGUGGCGGAGCGCAUGGCGCGCGAGCUCAUGGACAUAAAAAUUGAGGUGGCGCAUCUAAGGGAGCGACUUCGGCUUCGCGUGGGCGGCGACACGACGGCUGCAGAGCUAGAGGCUGAGGCGUUCGCAUUGCAGACGGCUUUAGGUGAGGCGCAACAGGCGCUUAAGGUACGCGAGGUGGAGCUUCAGACGCUGAAUCACAAGUACCAAAAGGCUAUGCAUGGAAUGAUGCGGCUAGACGAAGCUUGGAAACUUAGCAAAAAAGAGGCGAAAGAGGCGCAAGACGCGCAGCGGAUUGGGGAGCAGCUAACGACAGACGAAAAGCGGCGAGGUGACGAGCUGCAGCGUCAAUUGGAGGCAUCAUACGAGAGGGAGAAGAGAUUGGACUGUAGAAUUGAUGCACUUAUACAGCAGAAGCAAGCGAUGCAGCAGCAGAGAGACAAGAAUGCGCAGGAGGCCAAAGACAAUGAGAUAAAGACUUUCGAGCUGAGAGCGCAACUCGAAACAAUGCGUAAUCAAUUUGAAAUGCAGAUGAAGCAACAAGAAGGCGCCACGCGAGAGGAUGUCAGAAGGAUGCAGAACGAACUGCAAAAGGCGGAGGAACAGGCUGCCGCAUUAAGAGGAGAAAUAAGUGCCAGACAGGAAGAGGCAACCAAUGUGAUGACCGAAUUGAAAGAUACAAAGCAGGCUGUGGAGUUGACUAAAAAGCGACUUGUACAGCUGACGGAGGUUCAUGCAGCAUUAGGUGUACACUUAGAAACGGCCAAACUGAUUGCUGUUGAGAGCACACAGAGGGCAGUUAGAGCUGAGUCAGAAAAUGAAUGCUUAAAGCAAGAGCUCGAGGAGCGAGAAGGUGAGAUUGAGGAUAAAGAAAAGAAUAUACAAGCACUACAAGAGGAUACGAAUCAAAAGCAGCGAAAGAUAGAGGAAGUGAUGACCAAGAAGGAACAGGCAGUGAAGGAAAUCGAGGAGAGAUUGAUAAAGGAGUCCCAAAAACUGCUGCAGACACAAGAGGAAACAUGGACUUGUCGCGAGAAAUUACUACGUCAAGAAGUUGAGAACUGUCAGCAAAAGUUGGCGUGUCUACAGGCAUUUCACGUCGAAUUGGCGCAAUUGCUGCAAAUCAAGGAAGAAGACACAGAAGGCGAAAUAAUUGAAAGUGUCGAACCUGCUAUGCUCAAGGCGUUGGUUGUACAGGAGAUCAAUCAGCGCGAUGUUCUUACAACGACGUUGAAGCACACGAAAAUGAAGCUCAGGACAAUCAAACGACAACUGACUCGACAUAAACACCUUGAAGCAGAGAAUGUAAAAUUGCGGGCUGAGUACGAGAAGGCAAAGCUGGCCAUGGAACGAAUGGCAACGCGUAAAGCCAAGAAUAUUUCCUCUCUACUCUACUCACCAGCUCGUAUACGACGGAGUGAUACAUCUGAGCGAAGUAGUGGAAAUGAACAUAGGCUUGCAAUGGAAGUUGAGGCAUUAAUUGUGAAACGACAGUUGGAUGCUGACAAAAACGACAAAAUUUCGCUUAGAUCCACACCACGAAAGGCCCAACGCACUAAACAUGUAUAUGUAGCUUCACGGUAUCUUAACAGUGCGUCGAAACGCUAA